CGUUGCCCUGUGGCGGCUUUUGGUUUCUUUCUGAAUGGCCUGCCGUGUGCGGUGCCACGCCCGCGCUGCGCAGCGUCCUCGUUUGGCCUUGCCGGCCCGCCGCCCCCGCGCGCGAACGUUGUUUCAUCGUGGGGCGGCAGUUCGUGACGGUGUGAGUGCCGGCUUGGGUGAAGUGGUUGCCCGCGACAGUGUGGGCCCCCUGCGCCCGUCCGUGCGUGGGUGUGUGUUAGUUUGGUGCGCCUCCUGGCGCGGCACCCGACCCUUUGGCCGGAGUCGUAGCCUAGAUAGUCAGUGGUGUCUCCCGUGUGGCGCGACCUGUUUGUGCGUCUUAAUUAGACGCGACUUGUUUUUGGACCACAUUCCGGUGGGCCCGCGAAUGGCAUUCGGCCGAUGA